AUGGAACAUAUUACUCCUAUAAAGGAAAUUGACUCAAUUAAGGAUGAUUUCACAAUUAAAGUUCGAAUCAUACAUCUUUGGACUCAAAAGUCAAAAUUUAAUGCAAAAGAAACAUACUCGAUAGAAAUGAUUUUGAUGGAUGAGGAGGGAAGGAAAAUUCAUGCAUCUUGUGUGAAAAAAUGGUUUCCAAAAUUCAAACGCUAUCUUAAAGAAGAUAUUUCGAUAUAUGUGAAGAAACCUAAUGUCGCACCAAAUACUUUAAAUUUUAAGUUUGCUGAUCCAGAAAGAAAACUUAACUUUUACCACGAUACAACUGUGAAAGAGUGUGAAAAUUUUUCUGGAUCUGCACACGGCUUUGAUUUUGUUGACUUCAAUACAAUCGUUUUCGAACAACUCAUGGAGUCAAAUCUUUUGGUUAGUUCAUUUAAUAUUAACUUUUGUUAUAUAACAUCCUACUUUUCUUUUUUAUCUGCUACAAAUUGA